CCCAAACCACACACCCCAACCAAGCACCACAGCCAAACUCCCAAUCACGACUCCAGACAAAAACUAACCCAUACAUUCUCAAUCCCCAACGUGUUUGUUUUGUCGAAGCUAAGUCAGAUCUCAUUAUCUUUUUUAAUAUUCAAAAGACAAGAUUAUUAUAAACCCCACAUGGCUUUGAAACCCGGGAAGCUCAGCAGGCGCCGCCCAAUAGAAGAAUUUCGAGCUAGGGUUUGGAGUCAGUGGAGGAAGAAGGGGAGGAGAGAGGUGAUGGCACCGCUGGUGGCGAAGUUCCCUGGGAUUGACAAGGAGUUGCAGAAGGUUCUCGAGGCUAACAUGGACGAAGCGCCAGCCAGACAGCACGCUCGCGACUCUUUCAAGGAUAUUCAGCUUGGGAUUGAUCACAUUUUGUUCAAGACACCGUGUGAUGGACUAAAAAUAAAGGAGUCAUAUGAAGUGAACUCUAGAGGAUUGAAAAUUUUUUCUAAGUGUUGGCUUCCCCUCAGCUCUCACCUCAAAGCAGUGGUGUGCUAUUGUCAUGGUUAUGGAGAUACUUGCACAUUUUUCUUUGAAGGAAUUGCAAGGAAGUUGGCAUCUUCUGGAUAUGGUGUUUUUGCAAUGGAUUAUCCAGGUUUUGGUCUUUCAGAAGGUCUGCACGGUUAUAUUCCCAGCUUUGACUGGAUUGUUGAUGAUGUUAUUGAGAAUUACUCAAAAGUCAAAGAGAACCCUGAGUUUCGUACUCUCCCGAGCUUCCUUUUCGGUCAGUCUUUGGGUGGAGCUGUAGCUCUGAAGGUGCAUCUGAAACAACCUCAUGCAUGGGAUGGUGCCAUUCUUGUAGCGCCUAUGUGCAAAAUUGCAGACAACAUGGUUCCACCAUGGUUACUCAAGCAAAUCCUGAUUGUUGUCGCUAAUUUUCUUCCAAAGCAAAAGUUAGUUCCACAAAAGGACUUGGCGGAGGCUGCAUUUAGAGACGUGAAAAAGAGAGAGCUGACAGCUUACAAUGUCAUUGCUUACAAGGAUAACCCACGCUUGCGGACUGCUGUGGAGAUGCUCAGAACUACUCAAGAGAUAGAACGGCGACUGCAAGAAGUUUCUCUGCCCUUGUUGAUUUUGCAUGGAGAGGCUGAUAUUGUAACUGAUCCAUCUGUGAGCAAGGCCUUGUAUGAGAAAGCAAGCAGUUCAGACAAGAAGCUGAGCCUUUAUAAGGAUGCCUAUCAUUCUCUUCUCGAGGGUGAGCCAGACGAAAUCAUAAUUCAAGUUUUCCACGAUAUAAUUUCUUGGCUUGAUGAACACAGUGUAAAAGGGUUGCCAAGCUCCCAACUUGCUAGCAGCGUUUUUUCUUUGGGAACAGUAGCCGUUCUUCCAUUUUACACUCUCAUGGUUCUGGCUCCUAAAGCUGAACUAACAAAAAAAUCUGUGGAAAGUAGCAUACCAUACAUCGUGCUUGGACUUCUGUAUGCAUAUCUGCUAUACCUCUCUUGGACUCCUGAAACAAUCCGGAUGAUUUUUGCAAGUAAAUACUUGCUUCCAGAGCUGCCUGGCAUCGCAAAGAUGUUUUCUAGCGAGAUGACUUUAGCCUCUGCUUGGAUUCACUUGUUGGUUGUAGAUCUCUUUGCUGCAAGGCAGGUUUUUCACGAUGGACUGGAAAACCAAAUUGAGACCCGGCAUUCGGUUUCUUUUUGCCUGCUUUUUUGUCCCAUUGGAAUCCUUACUCAUGUCAUCACCAAAGCAAUAACCAAGAGUUGCAGAAGUCCCUGACACAGCAUGUCCAUGAUCUAAUUUGCAGACCAGAUCCAAAUAAUGGAUUCACUGGAACUUAAAAAUUCUCAGACCCCUAAUCGGGACUCAUAUUGUUUUCAGCAUCAUCAGCUAUCAAUGAAUGCUGAGGUUUAUUGUUUUCUUUGAUAAAAUAUUUCAUGCCUGUUCAUUUGUCUCUACUUGAGUUCAAAAUCAUAACGAAAUGGAUAAUGAGGUACCAUGAACAUUCAAGAA